CCACCAAAACACUGGGAAAGUGUGGAAAAUGAAGUAAUCUUCACCAAAAACACCGGGAUAAGUGUGGAAAAUGAAAAACGAGGAUGGGGAUCACGUCUUCCAAGUAAAAAUUGACACGCCUGCUGUUCACACACGAUGCCCAGCUAAAAUCCAGACCACAAAAACGACCUCUCUUCAUCAAAACAAUUUCAAGCCUGUGAAUGAUGCCGCGCAUUUGGUCUGGCUUUGCUGUCAUUUCCAUCCACUGAUGUGAAAUCUUCUUCACUGCAUUCACAUCUUAUCACACCUGUACCUAUUUAAAGCCCAUUAAAUCCAUUCCCUUCAUGUUCAAGUCCCCUGUUCCAGCACAGCAGGACAGAGUAAACAGAGCAGUAGGAUCGAAAAUCGAAGCUGUUAAGAAACAGAGCAAUGGCUGGCCAAACAGCAAGUACAAAGCUAUCUUCUUCUUUCUCCUCCCAUGGAGUCAUGUCCUUUACUGAAGUGCUUAUAAGAGUUCUUGCACUCGGUGCGACCUUGGCAGCCGCCAUUGUAAUGGGUCGAGAUAAUCAGACCAUUAAUAUAUUCAGUGUUGAAUUCAAGGCCAAAUAUAGCUAUUCAGGAGCCCUGGUGUUCUUCGUGGUGGCCAAUGCAAUAGGAUGCGGCUAUGUCUUCCUCUCACUGCCAUUUGCGCUGCUCAAACCCAAGUCUCAUGUUGCCAUCAAAUUUCUGGUGUUCUUUCUGGAUUUGGUAAUGGUGGCGUUGGUGAUGGGAGGAGCAGCGGCAGCAGCAGCAAUUGGAUAUGUGGGUCGCAAGGGCAAUUCCCAUACUCAGUGGUCGCCCAUUUGUAAUCCUUUUCACAGAUUUUGUGAUCACAUUGGCGGAGCUUUGCUUUCUUCCUUCAUUUCAGUUAUCCUCUUUAUGUUUCUUACCAUAAUAUCUACAAUUUCUCUUUACAAACACAGCCAUUGAGCUGUUUCUGCACUUCAUUUCCACCCAAAUAAAGGAAAAAACUGUAAGGAAUGGAGUUUUCAUCCAGUUGUAUUAUUGUGCAUCUGUAAUUAAGAGCUUUGAGUUUCUAUUUUAAUGAAAGGUUUGCAUUUAUUUUCCCUUUUUUAA